CUCAUCCCACCCCAUCCCAUCAGCAGCAGCGUCCCCUGCUUCCCCUUCUCUCAAGGAGCAGUAGCGGGUGAGGCAAAAGGAUCCGCGUGGGCAUUGUCAGCCGCUGGCACCCCAGUGGCACAGUCAGCACAGAACAAUUGCUUCGCUCGCAUACGCCAACGCGCGCUUGCCGACCCCCCCCCUCGGCUGCAUCGAUUGGAUCUGCCCCUCUCCUCCCCCAGGACCAUGGCAUCGGCACAGGAGAUCGUGUAUGCCCUGCACGAAUUUGAGGCCGAGAAUGCAGACGAAGUUUCGUUCAAGGCGGGCGAUGCGAUCAUCGUCGUCGAAAAGGAUGAUGCAUACGGCGACGGAUGGUGGCAGGGCACAAACGAAAAAGGCGAAAGCGGCCUGUUCCCCUUUAGCUACACAACAUACGACAAGGCGCUCGCAUUAGGAAACAAGGAGGCCGUCGCAUCUACCAACGCUGCCGCCGCCGCAUCAGCCGGUGGUAGCAGCAACAACAUCAACAACAACGCCAAUUCCGCCGGCGCAGGCUUAGCCACAGGGGGGCCUGAGGUGGCCAACGCAUCGGGCGUCACUGCGGACCUCGAUAGCGCCAUCAAUGAGCUGAGGCUCAGUUCCUCGUCGAUACAGAACAGCUCCUCCAUCAGCGGCACCAUCCCCGGCGGCCUGCCGGCGUCCAUGUUCGCCGAUUCUGCAGGAGCGCAGCUGGAAGGAUUCAGCAAGGCGCUCGGUGACGGCGGCGAGGGUCCUGACGCAGCUGCAGGCGGCGCAGAGGACACCAUGUCCAUCGGCGCUGACACCGAGGAAGGCGCCGACGGUGACGACGAGUAUCGCUUACGUUCGGCGGCGCGCGCGGCGCUCGCUGCGAACGCCAAGAAGAGCCUCGCCAGCGCGGGUGCGCAGGAGCGCGCCGAGGAGGAGCGUCGCAAGAGCGCCGCGCUGAAGAGCUUCCAGGAUGAGGAGCGGCGGCAGCGCGAGCUCCUGCUGCAGAAGGACAAGGAGCGCUCGGGGGGAGCCGGGUCCGCCGCCGCGUCCCUAGCCAAGAAGAGCACGUCGGUGCCGUUCGCAGGGCUCGAGAUGAGCGACGAGAGCGAUAGCGAGGGCAGCCUCGGCGACUUUGCGGACGACUUGGGCGCCGACGGCUCCAAGAGUUAUAGCCCGCUCUUUGGGAAUCAGCACGCGGCGCAGAAAAAGCCUCUGCAGAUCGAAUCGCAACAGCAGCAACAGAAUGGACUUUCUUCACUGGAUCGUGAGGAGAGCCUCGCAUCGGCCGCCGCCACAGCGGCCGCAGCGGCCGCUGCGCUCCCGCCGCCUUCGAAUUCCAACGUCAUUCUCGCACAGCAGGGCCAGCAGCAGCGCAGCCUCUCGCCCAUCCCGAGCGCCUCGGGUCACCUCUCCGCGAGCACUACCGGCGGCAGCAUCAGCCGCGGCUCGCCGCAGCUCGGCGCCAGUAAGGACGAGGGUGAGCAGGCCGUCGGCACUCUCGCGUCAGUCUCAUCAGUCGAAAAGUACAGCAGCACCAAUCUGCCGCGCAAGUCGUCCGAUGGCCACUCGAUGCGCCAGCGCAGCGGGACCUUCGACAGCUCCGCGCGCAGCGCCACACCCGGCGGUGGCACCGGCGCGGGCACCGGCACCGGUACGACUGGCACACCCGCGACAUCCGUGGCUGGGGGCACGGCGGUGCGGCCCUCGGGCGACCCAUUCGAGUGGAACAUCGAGCAGGUCGUAGAGUGGGCGCGUAUGAAAGGCUGGGACGAGGCAAACGUCGUCAGCAAGUUUUCCGAGCACGAGAUCUCUGGCGACGUCCUCCUCGAGAUGGACGCCAACAUGCUCAAGGAGAUUGAUAUUCUCGCGUUCGGCACUCGCCAUAAGGUCGCAGUCGCCAUCCGCGAGCUCAAGAAGAGCGUCCAAGACGAAAAGGCUGGCGUCGCUGCUGGUGUUGGCAUCGGACGCGCCCCAAGUCCCGCAUACGGCGCUGCUGCUACGGGCGCCGGUAUGCAGCGAGGAUCGAGCUUCUCACAGGAGCGCGGUGCCGACGGCGGCAGCGGCGGUGCACAGUUCGACCAGCCAAUGCUUUCCUCCGCUUCGCUCGCUGGCUCACAGCUGUUGCAACAGCAGUAUGCCUCAUCAAACUCCGCUGCGGGGAACUUUGGUAUAGGCUUCCCCGGCUCCGGCUCUUCACAAGGUAUGCGCGCAGGCGUGAUGAUGGACAGCCGCAACUUCAGCAACGCGACUGCCCCGCCGCUCGGUGUCGCUGGUGGGUUCUCACCCGAUAUGGGUGCGUACAAUGGCGGUGCUGUCGGUGGCGGUAUGGGUGGUGGCGGUAUUGGAAAUGAUAGAGAGGUGAUGAGCGAUGACGAGAGCGCCAGCGGAUUGCGCAAGUUUGGCAGGAAGCGGCGCACGGUCAAGUCAAGCGAGGAACAGAUGAUAAGUGCACCGCUAGGCUCGCCGCGGAAGCGCGAGUCGGCUGGAUCACGCUCCGUCGGUGCGGGCGAGCGCACGUCUUUCUUCGGCAUCCGUCCUCGCAGUCGCCACGACACAGGAGGGGCUAGCGGAGCAGGUGCCUCCUCUUCUGCUGCGGGUAGCCGCCCCUUCUCACGCUUCGUCCCUAAGCGCCUCGGCGCGCCGAACCAGCCAGACCUUAAGAGCCAGAUUUCCGGACCGACGGGCUCGCCGCAGUACGACGCGGGGGGCGACACUGCACGUCGCUCACGUCUGAGCGCCAACAGCGACGGGGUGCUUGGCAGCGUCGGCCCCACGCCAGGCGAUUGGGGCCAGGUACCUGUCAGCCCGACUGAGGUCAGGGAGGGUUCGGUCAUGUCGCGCAUCAGGCCGGUGGACUUUGAGGGAUGGAUGAAAAAGAAAGGGGAGAGGUAUAAUGCGUGGAAACCGAGGUAUCUCGCGCUCAAGGGUAGCGAUUUGGUCAUCCUGCGGGAUCCAGAAGCCGACAAGAUCAAGGGCUACAUCUCGAUGAAGGGCUACAAGCUUAUCUCGGACGAGAACGUCAACCCUGGCAAGUACGGGUUCAAACUGCUCCACGAGCACGAAAAGCCGCACUAUUUCAGCUCAGAGGAUCCCAUCAUCGUCAGGGACUGGAUGAAGUCCCUGAUGAAGGCUACCAUCGGAAGAGAUCACAGCUUCCCUGUCAUCUCUUCCUACAACAACGCAACCAUCUCCUUGAAGGAGGCUCAACGCAUGAACCCUCCUCCGCGGCCGCCGUCGCCCACAUCGCGAGCCAGGACACAAAAGGCAAGAGCAAGGGAGAACCCGGAUCAGCUGACCGCAAAGGACGCGGCCGUCUUGAUGGGCCUCAGCAGCAACCAGGGCCUCGGCGGGUCUCAGUACCGCUAGCUCAGGCUAGGCUAGGUUAGGCCAGGCGCCUGUCCAAUGUUGGUGGGCCGGGGAGGUUGUCGCACGUUCCAUCAUGGAUUUCUCCGCGGGUUUUCCAGGUGCCUUCUUGUUCACAACGUGGGCCAGAGUGAUACCUCGAUACGGACAUGUUACAGACAACCAAACGUUUUAUGCAUAUUGUGUAUCGUGUGCAAGCCCGUCGAGCGAGGCGCUGCUCUGAGUGGUGCGCGUGCGGGAUCUUACAGGAAUUGCAUUACAGGAAUUGCGACUGCUGAAUGCGGAUACGGACAGGUCCAGCCUCUCAUCAAAUCAAAAAGCCCGAAGA